AUUUGCAGAUCGAUAUGAAUUGUUAAAGUAACAUAAGAAAUUACAUAGCUAUUGCCUAACUAAAACAAUAGCACAGUGAGGAACUGUUAAAUAUAGAUUCCCAUCCAAGCUUAAUAGACAGAACUCUCCCACCGAAGAUAACAAUUUGUGUCAUGGUGAGCCCUCUUACAGAUUUGUUGAGGAAAACUUUCUAAACGCCCUGCAUAACUAUGCAACGAGGUUACAUCAAGUGUAGCAAAUAGGAGACGCACAAAGCAGGCAAUGAUGGCAAUAAUGAUUCAGAGAAUUUGAGAGUCAAGAUCUGUAUCAAAUAUUUGAAGUAAACAAGACUAAAAAGAGAGUGGUUUAGAAGUAAAAAGUGUUUUCACGUUAAUAAGGACUUAGAAGAAUCUUACGAAAAGGGGAACCACCACAACGACGCCUAUUGCUAUGGCGAGAUACAUGUAAAGCCUGAUCAAUUGACAGAUCCAAGACAUUAAAAGAAAAUAUAACACAUUCAAAACUGUAGCAAGGGCAAGGCAACAACACAGACAUCCUGCGCAGUGAAAUUGUAAGUUACAGUGACUCGGCCUCACUGAACGGACGGCGACACAUUUGUUACCACAUGCGAGUUGAAGGAAUAGGAAUGUUCGAGAAGUAUUCUAUCGUGUGUCUAUUUUCAUGACUAUUAUUUUUUUUAAAUUCAAGGAGAAAGUUGAUGAAUUAAGCGAUAGAAAGAACAAUGCAAUCGAAUUUGACCAAUAGUGUGAUAGAGGUUGCGUCCAACUUUAACGUACACGUGUCGUGUGAUGACAAUGAGGAACAUGACCACUUCUCGUCCAUCUUUACCUGCUUUAUCAUCACCUGGUUGAUUUUAAUACUUGUGGCGGAUCUAGUAGGCAACACUUUAGUGAUUCUUGUGAUUCUUAAAAACCCGAGCAUGCAUGACCGAACGCAGACAACUAAUUUUUUCCUGCUCAACCUUGCCGUUGCGGACCUUUUGGUUGCCUUGGUGAUUCCGUUCUCCAUUCACUCCGCUUAUAAAGAAUGUUGGGAUAUGUCCAUGAUUCUGUGUAAACUGAAUUCGUUUCUAGUGACACUGUCUCUUCUUACGUCUAUCCACACUCUAAUGUAUAUUAGUAUACACAAAUUUAUCAGCGUUAGGCGAGUAGCAAUCAUGAACAAUUUCAAUAAACCGGUGACACGAAGGACAUCUCUGAUCAUGAUUGUGGCUGCCUGGAUGUACGCUCUCGUCUUCAGCGUAUUAACAGUAAUUUCCGACCCAAUUUUCAAGGAGAAAACUCUUCAGUGUGGGCCACGGUACCCCGUCUUUGGAAAUACUACAUUCUUCCUUCACAUUGGUAACCAGAUAGGAAAUCUUUUUGUUCCGUUAGUAAUAUUAACUUUCUGUUAUAUCCGGAUAUUCAUGUACAUCAGACAUCAUACCCACGAACAGCGGAACAUUUCCUUAACUACAAGUGAUGGAAAUACAUCUCAAGGUGAGAGGGGUGUGACCUUGACAUUGGUGAUAGUCCUUGCGUUUUUCCUGCUGUCAUGGUUACCUUACAUCGUUUACACCAACUAUGGGGCCAUUGUGAAGGAUAAAAAGAAUGACAUACCCUACUACCUCAAUCCUUUGGCGUACUGUUUUGGCUACAUGAACAGCGCUUAUAACCCGCUGAUCUACGCGUGGAGAAUCCCGAGAUUCAGACAAGGAUACAAGGACAUAUUCAAUAAAACCAAGUACUUCGUCACCAUUGUGGACGGAGGUCGAAGAGUUCGGCGCCCUGUCACCCCUAGUAUGAUCGAAAGCGAGGCUGGCCGACGACUGUCGGCCACUCAAAGGUCCAUCAGUGACGUUCGGAUUUCGGCAGUAGGCCAUUCUUGUCAGAACAUCAAAUAGUUAUCAAUUAUCAACGGUUCCAAGAAGCCAAAGGGGAUCCAACUUAUUUACAUUUUUGCAUUACCGUUCAAAACAAUUUUGUAUGAAAUAUCUGCUCAUAUCAAACACCAGGCGUUGGAGGCGACCACAUUAUCAGUCAACGGUCAACGUGCAUACAAGAAGAAAAUCAAGUUCGGACGGAACGACUUUACUCUAAAUAGAGGGAACAGGAGAAAAAAUGUCAUCUGAACAAAAAAGAGAACAGAUUAUAAAUCUAUUUAGGAAGUCAAUGUCAAUUAAAAAAAACUUGUUUAUGAAAUAAAAAAAAAUCUUAAAAUGUCAAUAAAAUAUGUUGAUAUUGUUUAUUACUAUGCAUGUCUGUACAAUUUUUAUCUUUAUGUCAGGGAGUUAUUUUAACUUGAUUGUGCAUUACCGGUUAUCCAGACGUGAUAAAGUGCUAUAUGAUGUGCGAUGAUGUAAAAUUCGAAUGAUGUGCCAUGAGAUGUUUUGGCAAUGCUAUGUGAUGUAUAUGUAUAUGCUUUGAGAAACUUAAAUAAAAGUGAAAUACAAGGCCAAAUAAAAUGGCAUGCUAUAAUAAAGUAUUUUUUGCUACAAGAUUCGAGCAAAUAGCCAUCUGUAUACAGACGCGAUUCAAUAUAUCGAAUAAAAAUAAUUCAUAGCUUAGGUUGACUACUAAUCUGCAACGUAAAUACUUAUUUUUAAAAUGAAAUAAAUAAAAACUGAAUUGAAAUUACAUGUAUAAUUUAUGCUAUAAUAUGCAAUGGUAUUAGUUUUUAAAAUCUAAUGGUAUGCUAUGAGAUUGAAUGUUUUGGUAUUCCAACGAUAUUUAACACAUAUGAGGUUUAAUUGAUAUGCUAUAAUAUGGUGUAAAAAUAAUGCUUGAACUGACUGUAAAAUUAGGCAAAAUUAAGUUUAAAACAUGUUUUUAUAAAUUGUCAUGAAAUAUAUUUGAAAUAAAUACAACGAAAAUAUUUCAUUAAAAAAAAAAAACCAUGUUAAGUUAAGCAAGGUAAAAGCAAACACGGUUAAAGGGAGUUGACGGACCAUCAAACAUGGCGACCAACUAAAACUCUUACAUUCAUACGACUUAUUAAUUUGUUAAUAAAUGUGGUUCAAAGGAUCAAAAGUGUUUAAUAAUCAUAAACUAUACUAUACAUGUAAAUAUGUAUUCUUUUUAGCAUUCCUGGUGUGUGUAUUGUAACUAUAUACUGCAAACGUAUUACAUGUAACUGUGUAACUAUUCUUUUUAGCGUUCCUGGGUGUGUAGUAAUCAUUUGCUGUACACGAAUUACAUGUGACUAUGUAUUCUAUCUAGCGUUCCUUGUGUGUGUAUUAAUCAUAUGAUGUAAACGUAUUACAUGUAACUGUGUAUUCUUUUCAGCAUUCCUGGUGUUUUUAGAAAGCAUAUGCUGUAAGCUUAUUAAAUGUAAUUGUGAAUAUUUUAAGCGUGUGUAGUAAUCAAAUGCUAAGGACGUAUUACAUGUAAAUGUGUAUUCUUUUAAGCGUUCCUGUGUAUGUAAUAAUUAUAUGCCGUUAACUUAUUACAUGUAACUCUGUAUUCUAUUUUUCGUUCCUGGUGUGUGUAGAAAUCAUAUACUGUAAACGCAUUACAUGUAACUGUGUAUUCUUUUUAGCGUGCGUUCCCGGUGUGUGUAAUCAUAUGCUGUAAACGUAUAAAAUGUAACUGUGUAUUUUAUUUAGCGUAUCUGGUGUGUGGAGUAAUCGUAUACAGUAAACGUAUUACAUGUAACUGUAUUCUUUUAAGCUUUCCUGGUGUGUUUAGUAUUCAUAUGCCGUAAUCGUAUUACAUGUAACUGUGUAUUCUAUUGAGCGUAUCUGGUGUGUGGAGUAAUCGUAUACAGUAAACGUAUUACAUGUAACUGUGUAUUCUUUUAAGCGUUCCUGGUGUGUGUAGUAAGCAUAUUCUGUAAACUUAUUACUUAAGCUUUCCUGGUGUGUGUUGCCAAUUACUGUAAACGUAUUUCAUGUGGAUGUGUAUUCUUUUCAGCGUCCAUGGUAUGUGUAGUAAUUAUUUAUUGUAAACGUUUUACAUGUAACUAUGCAUUCUAUUUAGCUUUUUUAAUGUGUGCAGUAAUUAAAUACUGUAAUCGUACCAUAUGUAACUGUUUGUUCUUUUUAGCGUUUAUGGUGUGUGUAUUGUAAUUAU